AUGAGUUCAAAAGCAAAAACAACGCAUAAGUCAAGUCUUCCAUGGAGUCCUGUGUUUGCAAGGAAACACUCGCCUUGUAGCCAACUCAAGUCAAACUUCACGCAGGAGAUGGCAGAGGAAAUUGAGCGUUCUUAUGAGACCCCAGCAGAAGGCACUUGUGUGAAUACGGAAUUUAUCAUGCCGCAAAACAAUAAGCCCUACUGUGACCCUCCAAGAUUUGGAAUUGUCCGCUUCCACGCCUUCGCAGCACGUCUUUGCGGUACACCUUCGGGGUUCGCCUUUGCGGAUCACCUUCCCAGAUCGCCUUCGUCGCAUGCCUUCGUGGAUCGCCUUCGCAGAUCAUCUUCGUGGAUCGCCUUCGUGGAUCAUCUUUGCGGUACGCCUUUGGGGCUCGCCUUCGUGGAUCAUCUUUGCGGUACGUCUUUGGGGCUUGCCUUCGCGGAUCGUCUUCCCGGCUCGUCUUCGCGGCUUGGGAGAAGACAUUAG